UGAAGAAAUCAACAGUCAUGGCGGCUGAACUUCUAUUUACAGAAGGAGAAAUGGUGCUUCAAAAAGGUCUUGGUUAUCCAAAAGCAUUCGCUAAGCUCUGUAAAGAUCACAGCUUUAAUCCGUACUUCCAUGGCCCUCCAUUCACUUUCAUUCCCUACCCUCUGCAACAAAUUGAGGAGAAGGAAUUCGAGGAAAUGUUUCCAAUUAUCGAUCCUAAUGCAAAACCCACAAUGAAACCCAAGAUUUUUGUCAAUCUCAUUUGGAAGAAUCUCAAUCAUCUGGGGAACGCCGGAUUCGACCCGGAUAAGUUCAGGGUAGAUCCGUAUGGAAACGUACUGUAUUACCAUGCCGAUCCUGCUUCUCCUCUUGCUUGGGAAAUUGACCAUUGGUUUCCUUGUUCAAGAGGAGGGAUGACUGUUGCAAGUAAUCUGAGGAUUCUUCAAUGGCAGAUAUGUAAGAAGAAGAAGAAUACUUUGGAAUUCUUAAUACCAUGGUGGGAUCUUCAAGUGGGUAUCUCCAUAACCCAGUUUUUAUCAAUCUUUGCUUCAUCAAAUUCAGAUUUCAGGAAUAGAGCGUUUUCAUGGCUGUUUAUGGAAGGAGCAAAUCAAGAACUCAAUGUUUCACAGACGGUUGAAUCCCAUUUGUUUCCCCAGCAUUUCGAUGAAUCAAAAGAAAAAAUUGGUCUCGCCCCAGCUGCUGUUGUCUUGACUCGAGGAGAGUUCAAUGAUACUUCCGUUAAUUCUCUUGAUUUCAAUAGACGGCCAAGAUCAAACUCUCCCAUAAUGGGAGCCAGAAUAUUGAGAUCGAAUUCGUUGAAGGAGAAGGAGAAUGAGAAUCCAUACAAAGCCAUUGUCAUGGCAAGAGAUUCUCUCCGGCAUAAGGAAGCAGCUGAAAAUAUGCAAGUAGAAAUUCAGAAGCUCGACAAUGACAUGAACGAAUUGAAACAAAUAGCAGAGGAGGAGAAAAUCGCCAUACAAGAACUAGAGCUCGUUUUGAUCAAACGGAGAAGAAGGGCCGAGAAGUGCAGAAGGGUGGCAGAAGCUCAGUCAUCGCACAGAAUAAUGAUCGAGAAAAUGAUUCGAGAUUCAAUGCAUCAGAGUGUAAUUUAUAAGGAACAAAUGAGAUUAAAUCAGGCUGCUUCCAAUUCUCUAAUGGCUAGGCUUGAAGCUCAGAGAGCAAUUUGCGAUUCAUCUGAGAAAGAACUACUCAGGAAAUUCAAACAACGCGAUGAGCUAGAGAAACAGAUAAUGCAUGAUCAUCAUCUCAUUUCGGAGCAGACUAGAAAAAGAUCAAGAUUAAUAUCAGAUAACGAUUCUUCUUCUUUAAUUGAAGGCAAUGAUCAUAAUCCGGUUCUUUACCUGCAUGGAGAUUCGUCCAAGACUCUUUUGCAGAAUGAAGAAUCCAACAAGGCCAUUGUCGAAGAUGAAGAGAUGAGAAAUCAACGUGGAAAAGGUAAUGUGGAGAAAUGGCUAAAGAUACUAAUGGAGAAGAAAGAAGAAGAAAUUGCAGAAAACCUAAUUCAAGAUAAUACAGAUUGUAACCAGUUACAGAAAGAUGGCAUUCAAGGUGAGGAAGAAGAAGAAUGUUCUUAUCCAGACAAUAUUCAAAACCCAAUUCAAGUAAAUGCAGAUUCUAACCACCACCAGCAACAGCAACAACAACAACAACAACAGAAAUUUGACAUUCAAGGUGAGGAAGAUGAAAUAGUUGAGAUUGAGCUGAAUAAAAUUCCAUUAAAGAGAGAUUACAAAGAAAAAACAGGAAGAUUAAGCUUUGAUGAUGGUAAUAAGGAUGGAAUAAACAGAAAGGAGAAGAAGAAACUGUUUGGAAGGUCUGAAAGUGCCAGAGUUUUCAGAAGAGUGCCGUCUUCUCCUUCUAUAAUGGAAAGUAUGAGAAAAGGAGUUGAUUUCAUUAGAAAGAAAACAAUAGCCAUUGAUGAUAAUAAUGUGAAAGAAGAUGAUGAAAACCAUGUUGCUGCAAAGAGAAACUUCAUUAAGUCAUCCAUUAGGACAAUCAAGAAGGCUGUCAAGUUCUAAACAAUAAUCUAAUGCUCUUAUACUGAUAUAUGUAUACUUUUUUUCUUUUUCAGCUAAGUUUAUUGGAUUGUUCUA